UUGACAGCUGAGUGGGAAAGAAGAAAGGAAUCGCUAUGAAUCAAGGUUUUUCUGUCGCUAGUGUGACAUAGAUUUUACCAAUUAAUAAGUAACAAUAAUGGAUGGUCGACAAUGCUCUUGAUUGACUUUGAUUAACAACAGGAGGAACACGCACGCGGUAGUAUUCCACAAAGGUCAUUUCCACAGCCAACGUACAGUUGACACUUCGCAGGAUUUCAGACCAUUGGGAAACCAGAUCUUUGGUGGGAAGACUGCUUUAAUUAAAAUUGAUGCUGUAAAUGGGAAAAAAUAGAACAAAUUUCUAUCAGAAAAAGUUCAUCUUGAUCAUCUGACAAGCCAGAUAACCACUGGACAAAGGAGAUUACCAUCAAUCAGCUGGCAAGGGCAGAUAACCACUGAUCAGGGGAGAUAACCACUGAUCAGUUGGCAAGGGCAGAUAACCACUGAUCAGGGAAGAUAACCACUGAUCAGUUGGCAAGAGAAGAUUACCACUGAGCAGUUGUGAAAGGAAUGGAUAGAGUGCAUGACUCGGUGGCAUGGUACCAAAAAAAGAUUGGGUCAUAUGACAAACACAUCUGGGAACAGUCAUCUGAACAAAAAAUCCUAAGGAGUAUACAACUUGCCCCGCGGAGAAGUGUCCGUCAGAAAACAGAGCUCAUUGACGUUGAUCUUGUUCGAGGUUCAACCUUUUCCAGAGCCAAACCACAGGUGUCAUGGACAAAUAUAACUCUCAAGGCUAUUGUGAAAGUUGUCUUCUUUCCUCUGUACUACAAAUGGUGGCUGCAGCAGAUGCCACUGAAAAUGUUUGUGUUUCUCAUGGUGCUGUUUAUAAUGCAAACGAUCAGCCUCAUCAUCUUCUUCAGGAAUGUUGGAGGCAGCAUAAUGAAAGAUGAGCAGACGUUGUCCGAGGUUGUGAUCCCUGCCUUACUGAUGUUGAUCCUGGGUCAGAUACAUUCCCAAACUGUCCUGUCACACUUCUCACACCGAUCUCAGCACAGAGACAACAAACUGGCCCGCAAAUCCUCCACUGGACUCAUCAGGGAAUCAAAGAUCAGGAAUUCCAAAAUUGCUGAUUUAAAACGAAGCUAUUCUGUGCCAAGCCAAGUAGUUGGAACCAUAUAUGAAAAUGUUCCUCAGAAUUCGAGCGCCGAUGUUGGCCAGACACCCAAACACCAUAGAAAAUCUCCUUCAGAGAGACCUGUUUCUAAUGGAAAAGUGGAUGUUAAAAAACAAAACAGUUUAAUAGACAAUGCUAAGAAGCACUGUUUUACAGAUAAAGGCACAAUCAUUAAAACCGGCACAAACAUAUCGGAACAUAAAUCUGUGAGUUGGAGCGAUGCGUACUGUGUGAAAACCUCUCAUGUGAGUGGACAUGAAAGUCCAGACAGCGACGCUCGUACUGAUGAGGAGGAUGAUCACACUGAGGAUAAAGAAAUCUCAGAAAAAGAUCUUGGAUCUGAAGAGGAAUCGGAGAAUAUGAAAUGUUCUAAAGAAAUUCUCAACAGUCCAAAAGAUCCUAUUGGAAAUCCAAAUAAUCCUACUGGAAACGAUCUCACUAAUGAAAUCGCAAAGAAAAAUCUUGAUAGUAUAGAUAAUGUCCGGGUUGUGAGUAAGGACUUAGAUAGACAAGUAAAAACUAUGGUUGGUGUUGAGCUCUCCCUAAACAAAAAGGAAAAUAACAUUGAAUUUAAUCCUAAAGACCGGCAUGUAAAUGGUGACCUUGAAGAAAUCUGUGAUUCUACUUUAGUUGAGGGUGAUCUCAAAUAUGGGGAAACAUGUGAUAUCUUGACUUCCGAUCUCCAAACUUCAAAUCAGGACCAUGUGAGUAAUGGUCAAAUUUUGCCUGAUGGGAGAUGUCCACUGUUACAUUCUGACCUUCGUUUACCAGCCACAACAGAUGGUACUUUAAUCUUGCCUGAGGAAAAUGCCUUGAAAUAUCACAAAGCUGUGACUGGUGCCGAAACCUUGCUUAAGCCUUCGGUAUCAGUAAAUUCCAAUGGAAGUGAUGAGGUUUUCAUUGAUGAUAGUUCCAAAACUGUUUCCAAAAGUAAUUCAUUUGAUGACAAUGCAAGCGAUUAUAGUCCCCAAGAUACAGAAUCUGUGUGUAAUUCUAGUCAUGGAAGUGUGGAUUCUGGUUCGCUUAAACGUUUUAUUUCAUCGCCUGUUACAAAAAAAAGUAGAACCGAGUGUGAAACUGGGUCAGAUUCUGACGAUCCCAAAAGCAAAUCUAUAUCUUACAAAGGUCUGAGGAGGAGAAAAAACGCAAGCUUGGAAGAAUGUCAGGAGCCGAAUCCCACCAUCUUCCGUUCACGACGUCCACCAUCUUCUCUAAAUAUGAAAAACAGGGAGAGUAAAGGCAGUACUGGGAUCAGCUCUUCUGAGGGGGAAACAUCCUAUACUCCUGAUGGGAGCAAGGCUGGGGCAAGUUCAGAAGCUGAAUGGGAGGAUCGUGUCCAGUCGGACAUCACAACCUCAACAUACUCCAGCAGUUCAGCCUCGGACAACGAUAUCUCUGAGAAUGAAGAACAUGACAUCAUCGAGGAUAGUCCCGCAGAACCUAAUUUGCCAACCAGUUCUACAAGUUCAUCCAGUGUAACGGGAGAAAGAAACGCAAAAGUUACAAGCAGUUUGCAUGUAAUUAAUCUUCUACAGCCUCCGACCAGUACGACCUCUGUGAGUCCUCCUCCAGACAAAGUGAGCUGUGUGAUUUGGGAGGACAAAGAGUGCAAGAAAGUAGAACUAACUGCCCUUGACAUUGGCUGGACGAUUAUCGAGAAAGUGGACAAUAUUCCGGAGAGUUCCGACUACCUUUGGAUUGGUCUCAGCUUCUCUAUAUUUCUUGGUGUUGUGCCGUUAAUAUUCCGGUUGUACCAUGCCAAAGAAUAUCCCGACUUCUUCACGACAGAUGGACUGUUUCGCAUGUGUUUGAUGUUGAUAUCAAAUUCUUGGAGAAUCAACCUGAUAACGGUGAAUGGUAUGAUACAGCGACUGUGUCUGGGAGGUAUCUUCUUUUUCCUCCUCUCAGUUGCUGAUAGAACUUUUAAACAGCGGCUGCUUUAUGCCAAACAUUUCUGUUACCUGACCUCUUCACGACGAGCCAAGAAGUUCGACAUGCCUCACUUCCGUCUGAAUAAAGUCAGAAAUAUCAAAAUCUGGUUGUCUCUACGAUCUUAUCUUAAGAAACGUGGUCCACAGCGAUCAGUGGACAUCAUUGUGUCAGUGACAUUCCUGUUAACAAUCAUCAUUCUCACCCUGAUGUGCCUUCAGUUAUUGAAGGAUACAGACACUUACCUGGACUUCCUGUGUAACUGGGAGCUGCUCGUAUGGUGUAUGGCCCUGGGCGUCUACCUGCUCCGGUUCAUGACCCUCGGACUCAAAAUCAAUAAAAAGUACCGUAACCUGUCGGUACUCAUCACAGAACAGAUCAACCUGUACCUACAGAUGGAACAGAAACCACACAAGAAGGAGGAACUCAUGGUGGCCAAUAAUGUGCUCAAAUUAGCAGAGGACCUCCUCAAAGAGCUGGAGAGUCCCUUCAAGAUAUCCGGUGUUUCUGCUAACCCUGUCAUAUACAAUGUAACCAAAGUUGUGGUCCUCUCAGCAUUCUCCGCAGUGCUAACAGAACUCCUAGGAUUCAAGAUGAAGCUUUACAAGAUUAAACUCAGGGCAUGAUCCUUAUGACGCCUUCAGUAUCUAUUCCAACACAAACCUCUACUGGAAAUGUUUUGUAUUGAUAUCAAAAAAAUGUUGCCUUAGUAAUGUCAAAACAUGUUGCCUUGGUAAUUUAAGAAACAAAUGUUGCCUUGGUAAUGUCAUAACAUGUUGCCAUGGUAAUAUCAAAAGAUUGUUGCCUUGGUAAUAUCAAAACAUGUUGCCUUGGUAAUUUAAGAAAAAAAUGUUGCCUUGGUAAUGUCAUAACAUGUUGCCAUGGUAAUAUCAAAAGAUUGUUGCUUUGGUGAUGUAAACAAAAUUGUUGCCUUGGUAAUGUUAUAACAUGUUGCCUUGGUAAUGUCAAAAGAUUGUUGCUUAGGUGAUGUAAAAAAGAUUGUUGCUUUAGUAAUGUCAUAACAUGUUGCCAUGGUAAAUCAAAAGAUUGUUGCUUUGGUGAUGUAAAAAAGAUUGUUGCCUUGGUAAUGUCAUAACAUGUAAUUGUUGCCUUGGCAAUGUCAAGAUUGAUGCCUUGGUAAAAAAAAUAUUUGCCUUGGUGUUGUCAAAAAAUGUUGCCAGGGUAAUAUAAAAAGGAUGUUACCUUGGUGAUGUCAAAACAUACUGCCUGGGUUAAUUCAAAAUAUGUUGCCUUGGUGAUGUCAAAAGGAUAUUUCCUGGGUAAUGUCAAAACACAUUGCCUUGUUGAUUUCAAAACAUAUUGCCUUUGUAAUGUCAAAACAGGUUGCUUUGGUUGUUACAAGAAUGUUGCCUUGGUGAUGUCAAAAAAAUAUUGCUUUGGUGAUGUCAAAACAUGUUGCUUUUGUGAUGUCAAAAGGAUGUUGUUUUGGUGAUGUCAACAUGCUGCCUUGGAAGAUGUCAUAUUUUGAUGUCUGGGUAAAGUUUUCCUUGUCAACAAUAAUGACUAUUGAUGCUAUUAUAUGAUUAACAAUAGCCAUACAUAUGUCAAUGUUUAACACACAUUUACACGGUCAAUACAGGUAUGAUGUCUGCUUAAAAAAAACUCAUUUAGCUAUAAGAUACCAAAAGUUUUUUAUUUAAAUAUAUUCAAUUUCAUUGUUAAGCAAACAAAUGUAACAUUUAAAGUUUCAACAUACAGGUCCUACUGUUUGAGGUCCACUUUGAAAACAAGAGAAUGUUAAUAUUUAGUCCAUAGUUAAGUCCCAGACUUGAUCCUGUUCCUUGAGCUCAGUUCCAUGGAUCAUCUUACCCUUCAAGAGGAGAAAUUUAAUAAAUGGACUUUAUUAAUCCCAGUUAUUAAUUUUUUAAACAGAACUUUUUUUGUGUUGAUAUGCUUAAUUCUCUUAUAGAUAUGUGUAAAAUGCUUUAGAUCAGAAUUUCAGUACAAAUGAUUAUGUAAGCAGGUGGUUUUUGCUCGGUUGUGAAACAUUUUUAAACAUGACACUCUCUAUAUAAUAUAAAGUACACUGUAUAUUGUUUAUUAUGUUAAACAUUGUGUUGCCAUUUCACUUGCCUCUGAAGGAUGUACUAAAUGCACACAAUUAGAUACUUUAGAAUUGAGAAAUAGUGUGUCUAAAACUGUAUCAUGACACUUUCUCAUAUCAUGAAACCUUUUAUGAUGCCAAUCAUUGCUGGACAAUAAGUGGCAGUAUAACAAGGUUUUUUCUAUCAAAUAACGGCAGUAUGAGGUUUUCCCGGACAAUAGAAUAACAAGGUUUUACUGUAGAAAUGGUGACAGUAUAACGAGGUUUUACUAUAGAAAUGGUGGCAGUAUAACAAGGUUUUACUGUA